UUAUGAUGGAAUUUGCUUGUUGAACUACGCCAUCCAUUGUGGUUGCUAUUGCUCACUACUAGUACAGACCUCCAUUGAUUUCUCCUCGCAGCGCUGCAUCUAUCCCAACUUCAUCUCCGCCAGGUAUACAAUCCCGCACGUAGGACUACCUAAUAAGUGCCUACAUACUAUUCAAAAGGGAGGACGGCAUCCUUACGAGGCUGCCCAAAGUGCGGAAAUACUGCCCGACGAAACAGAAUACAGGCGAACGCCAUCGGGGCCAUUUAGUGACGCGAUUCGUUGUGAUGCGGGGGAAGAAAGACGCGAAAUUAAGGUCUGAUGGCAUAUCAAUACGUCAUGUCCUACGAUCCCGUCUGGCAACCUCCAGUGUGGCUCCCACUUCAAGUUCGAGACUCUUGUUCUCAGUGACCCCCCGAGGCGCAAGCUGAGAUCGUCUGAUUGACCCGACAGUACUCUACAAAUGUAGCGAGUACGGACAACAAUGUGGAAAAAGGGGCACAACGCAGGCAGCUUGUAGAGCUAGCACAAGGGACGGGUACUUUUGGCUUCUCCGCGAUAUUUCGUAGCAUCUGCAUACUUUUUUCGUUCAACGACAAGGGUCUUUUAGUGGCUUCAGACCGCGGUCUACAGUUGUAUCUCUAUACUAGCGGUACCUGGUAGUAGUACCAGGUAUUUCCAGUUAGCAGUGAUAGACACCUGCACCACUGAUGCACCGGCUUGGCAGGCAAUGAAGUCAUCGAUCUGACUGUCAUUAUGAGCAUGUCACUCCUACUACAGUAUUCAGACUCUACUGCUAUCCUGUCCGUCAACUACGUCCCAGAAAGCCUUUGCACGUCGAUUGCCCAGUAAACAAUCUUUGUUAAUAUCCAAAUCCAACACAGCGGCCGUAUCAAUACUCGCCCGCAACAGAAAGGUUACCACCAUGCAGCCAAUUCUACGUCUAGCCGCCCGAGCUCCUAGAGUUCCCCGGCAGUUCCCAGCUCUCGGCUCAGUUGCUCAGCCAGCGAGAUUUGCACACCAGUCCUAUGGCAACGAACAGUCGGGAAUGCAGCAAGGAACCCAUGAGAAGAAUCCAAAAGUCGAUAUGGAACAUCCUGGGCCUGAAGCCCCGGCCAGCAAGGGAACCGCAAAGCCAUCUUCAUCUUCGUCUUCAUCCUCAUCCAAACCCUCUUCGCAAUCCACUUCCACCUCGACUUCUGAGGGUCAAUCGCAGGGCACACCGCAGACCACGAGUCAAGGCGGAAGUCCUGCUAUUCACCGGCCCAAGUCCGCGGCCGAAAAGGAAGACCCUGAAGUGAGGAAGCACAAUGAAGAGAUGGAACAGCGAAGCGAGAGAACGGUAAAUCAAUUGAGCGAAGAGGACAACAAGGUGGAUAAGAGGUAUUGGAAGGGCGAUGUUGGUCCCAAGGACCCGAAAGAAUUGCCCGAGAAUGUUGGGAAAAAGUAGUCUUCUGUUGUUAGCCUGGUGCGGCGUUACAGGCCAUGCUUGAGUAAGGCACAGAGGCCGCUGGGUAUGGAAGGGCGUCUGCUGAGUGCCAUACAUAACUUGUAACAUUAUCCAUUAGUGUUCGUUCGCACAAACGGUUCCUUCAUCCCUUUCGGAACUUCAAUAUGUCUUCGAGGCGCACUCGUCCUCUUUGGCCCCAUCCGGCUUGGCCUUGAUCCACUUCUGGCCUGACCAGAGUGUACCAUGUCUGAGCCCUUCGAUCUAAUUCUUCCUUGCUCAAAGAAGAUGCCCAGCUCUGGCAGACAACAUCAAUGGCCUUGACAAUGAUCGCCGCAGCCUCUUCCUUUCUUGUAGCCAGAUCUUUUGCUUUCUCCUGUUUGGCACUGGAUUUUUGGGUCUCCGUCCCAUUUUCAGCUUCUGCGCUCGUGUCAACCACAAUCAUUGACUUGAGUAGAUAGUUUAGCGGUGCCUCAGGUCUGUAAAUCGGUGGACCACUCUUGCCCUUGCCGUUUUGACCUGCUAUCAGCGGACCAUUAGACCUGCGAAGAGUCUCCAGGUCCAAGCCCCAGAAAGCGGUAGUUGGAGCAGUUUGCUCGUCCUCUUUUUUGGUCAACACCUGUCUUCGCAUGACGGCCACUUCUCGCCCCAUGAUUUUCACCUUUGGCUGUCCCACUGCCCAGCCGUCCUCUUCGGCUGUAGGGCCUGUUGUUAAUCCCAGGUAUUUGGCCUUGCUCUGGGCUCCAGCGCUGACAACGGCCUGCGCGAGACUCCACCUACUUGACAUUGGUUGCUCAGGAUGGGUAUAGGCAAGAACGACAAUGGUAAAGGCGAGAAACAAAGGUGCUCGGUUCGUCUCGAUGACGACUUCAGCUAGUUCGUCAACGGAGAGACUCGUCUGAGGAAGGGACAGAGAAGCUUCAUCGUCGAUGGUUUCGGCCUUCGACUUCACGCGUUUCGAGGCUGAAGCAACCGAUGCACUGGCUGUGCGCUUUUUAGGAUUGGAGACGCGCUUUGCCGCAUUGACAACCUGUCUCAACACUUUUUCAUCAGCAAACAAAGACUUGAGAUCAUCUUCGGAAGCCUUGGAGAUGGCCUCGGGCGUAUUCAGUUGCAGUUUUCGC